UAUAAGUUGUUAUAUACCUUUUCUUCUACCUUAAUUCUGAACUCACUGAAUUUAACAAUAAUAGCAAUGGAGAGUAAUCGGUGCCGGCGCCGGAGAGGAAUGAUGUUGGCGGCGAUGACGACCGUGGGUUUGGCUGCUCUUUACUUAGAGGCUGCCGCCGUGGGGCAGCCAAGGUUUGAAGCCAUGUUUGUUUUCGGAGAUUCGUUGAUUGAUCCCGGCAACAAUAACUACCUCGUAGAUUCCUUGGCAAAAGCCAAUUAUGUUCCCUAUGGUGUUGAUUUCCAAGGCCCUACUGGUAGAUUCUGUAAUGGCAAAACCCUCAUCGACUAUCUCGGGGAGUUGCUGGAGUUUCCCCUUCUUCCAGCAUUCACAGAUCCAACUGCAACAGGAAGAAACAUCCUCAGAGGAAUAAAUUAUGCUUCAGCUGCAGCAGGGAUUCUUGAAGAGACAGGCCGAAACCUCGGUGAAAGAUUCACCUUCUCCCAGCAGAUCCAAAAUUUUCAGGACACUUUGAAUGAACUGAAGAGCAUGAUGGGGGCGGAAGAUCUGAAGAGCUACUUGAACAAGUCCUUGGUAGUUAUUUCCAUUGGCAGCAAUGAUUACAUAAAUAACUACCUUCAACCUUCUAUGUACACCAGCAGCUACAUGUACAACCCCACAGCCUAUGCUGACAUGCUCAUCAAACUUUACUCCACCCAAGUUCAGGCACUACAUGGUUUAGGAGUCCGGAAAUUCUUGUUGGCUGCAAUUGGACCUCUAGGUUGCAUUCCGUACCAACUGGAAACCAGAGCCGCACCACAGGGAAAAUGCGUGUCCAAUGUAAACGACAUUGUCGGGCUGUUUAACUCGCGAGUAAGGGCUCUUGUUGAUCAGCUCACCCCACUUCUCGCCGACUCAAUCCUCGUUUACGGAAACACUUUUGCAGCUGUCACUGACAUAAUCGAUAACGCCGCCACUUAUGGAUUUACAGUGAAGGACAGAGGGUGCUGUGGGAUAUCGAGGCAGAUAACAUGUCUUCCGUUGUCUGUCCCGUGCGCAGACAGGUCCAAAUAUGUUUUCUGGGAUUCGUUUCAUCCAACACAGGCUGUUAACCAAAUAAUUGCCAAUCAUGCUUAUGCAGGCCCACCUUCUGUGUGUUAUCCCAUGAAUGUUCAACAAUUGGCGCAGCUUUUGUAA